AUGACCCCUCCUCCGCCUCAACGUCGUCACGAACGACCCGGAGAGCGCUCGGGUAGCGGUCUAUUCGAGAGGUCCAACCCGUUCGACACGGACUUCGGGGAGAAGGAGCUCAUCGCCCAGGGAGGCUUUGGCAAGGUGUACAAGUGCAAGUCCAACGUCGACGGACACUGGUACGCCAUCAAGCUCGAGCAGUUCUGGUUCAAACCCGAGACGUACUUCAACCCGUCCGAGGUGCGCGACGUCAUGAUGAACGAGGCGCUGGUGCUGGCCGGACUCGACCACGAGAAUGUCUGCCGCUACUACAACACGUGGGUUCUGGGCUCGCUCAUCCCGGCGGUGAACAAGGGCCAGGAGGUGGAGCAGCCCGAGAGUCCGUGCUAUUCUCCGACCUACACGCUGACGAGACGGACGAGCAGUCCGGCGGGCUCCAGCCUCACACGAUCGAGUUUCUCCUCCGUGAGCGACGUUAACGAAGAAGACGAUGAAGUGGACAUGAGCUCGUCCAACUACUCGGACGCGUACUCGUACGAGCCAGACGAAGAGUGCGUCGCGAGCUUUGGAGACCUAGGCUUUGAGAUGGAGGCGUCCGAGGAGGACGAGCGCGAUAUCAGUCCACGGAUGUCGCUGGCCCGUUCACAGCGUCUCGCAGCAGGGAAGAGCAGUCCUCAACGGAUCAAUGAAGACGGCGACGAUACGUUCAAUCGCCAGCAACCCACGGAGAAACUCCGUCCGAAGCCUCUGGACUCAUCUUCAUCCACUCCGGGCGCCUUCAUCACGCAGAUCGACGUGUACAUUCAGAUGGCUCUGUACGAAGGCAACUCACUGCGAGACUGGAUGGAGCAGCGCAAGCCUGGAGAGAUUGAUGUUAGCAAGAACAUGCACAUCUUCCACCAGAUCGUGAACGGACUGAGGUACGUGCACAAGCAGGGGCUUGUCCACCGUGACAUCAAGCCCGCCAACAUCUUCCUCACGCGCGAGUUUUGCGUCAAGAUCGGCGACUUCGGGCUGUCCAAGAACACGCUGCAGACCAGUCUGAACCUCCACCCUUCCCGUUAUCUGUGCGAGGAGGGCGACGACAGCUUCGACACGUUGACGUACAACAGCACGGACGAAGAGAUGGAGGAGGUCUCCCAGUUGUCGAUUGGUGUCGGCACUCCGCUGUACAGCAGUCCGGAGCAAACCCACGGACAUCAGACAUGUGCAGCUCCUAGUGACGUUUACAGUCUCGGAGUUCUGCUGUGCGAGCUGUUCUGCACUUUCACGACGCAGAUGGAGCGCUACGUGGUGCUGACCAACGCCCGCAAGGGUCAGCUGCCGCCUUCGCUGCUCGACGAACACCCGCAGAUCGCAGAGCUGAUCUGUGCCAUGGUACAAGAGGACCCUCUCUUGAGACCGACUUGCACCGAUAUCAUGGAGUGCGGGAUUUUCCAGCACCAGAAACUGCACUUUAAUCUCAAGAGUCCGUGCUCCGGUUCGGUUGGCGUCAGUCCUCUGGCUCGUGCUCUAUUGAGUCAUGGCAACUGCAGCUCGACCGUGUUGAACUUACUGCGCUCGAUUGCGCGACUCGAACAGGAAGAGGAGACGCUACUCCUCAACCUCGAGACGACCGACAAGCUCCACAAGGCCCAGGUAUUUUUUCCAGACACUGACGAUUAUUUGCGUCCGGCCGAGAGCUUGUUGGAGAAUCCGAUCUCUCCUGUGUCGGAGCAACGAGUCUCUCCUACGGGAAAGAUGCUACCGAACGGAGCACUCACUGCGAAGACAAUCCAUGAACUGAAGCGCCUGGGCGCCGAACGGCGUCGGCUUUUGGACAGUGCUCUUCACGAGCUGUGA